AUGUUGUCAGGUCGCAGUAGAUUAAAAGUAUUAACAGAGGGUGAUCAUGAUGAAAAUGAAGAAUACUAUACAGCAAGUCCUAUUGAUCAGGCUGCACUAGAAGAAGUCAAACGAGAAAGAAAAAGAAAGAAAGUAACUAAAGAAUUAUUUGAAACUGAAAAGGCUUAUCUUCAUCAAUUAGACCUUAUACAUAGAUUUUUUUACUUUCCAUUACAAUUUGCUUGUUUGAUAUCAGAUGAAGCUCACAGUAGAAUAUUUAGUAAUUUAGAACAGUUGAUAGAUGUCAAUCAGAAACUAUUAGAACAGAUGAAUCAGACCACUAUAGGACAAGCCUUUCAUCAACUUGGACCCUUUCUUAAACUCUAUUCUAUGUAUGCUAAUAAUCAUGAACAAGCUGUAUCCACUCUUCAGGAGUGUUUAAAAAGCAACAAGUUUUCUGAAUAUUUACAAAAACAAGAAUCUAGACCUGAAUUACAAGGGUUAAAAUUAAAUGCCCUUUUGAUUACUCCAAUACAAAGAGUUCCAAGAUAUAAAUUAUUAUUACAAGAAUUAGUUCAAUGUACAACAGAAGAUAAUCAUGAUUAUAAUAAUAUAUCAGAUGCUGCUAAACAGAUGGGAGAAAUUGCUUCACAUAUCAAUGAACAUAUUAGGCAACAUGAAAACUUUCAGAAAAUGUUAUCUAUACAAAAUAGUUUUGACAGCUCAGCUCCUAAAUUAAUGGCUCCUGGUAGACAGUUUGUCAAGGAAGGACCACUAAAUAAGGUCUCUCGAAAAGGUGGAAAAUCUCAUGAAAGAAUGUUUUUCCUGUUUUCUGAUAUAUUAUUAUAUGGCAAACCUAAAUUUAUUGAAAGUGGUAAAAGAUCAUAUAAUUGUUGCUGUGUUUUUCCACUAAAACAUUGUAAAGUAGACAAGAUGUUUGCUCCUGAUAGUACCAAUACUCAUAGUGGUGGAAUGUUUAGUUUAUCAUGUAAAGAAGAGGUGUUAUUACUAUAUUCUGAUAAUCAAGGUGAAGCUAGUGAUUGGGUUGAUGUCUUAGAUAAAUCUAUUAGGAAAUUAUGUACAGACAGACAAACAUUACGUAAACCCAGUAGUAAUAAAAUACCAUUACGUGGUAAAUCAUUACGUAAACAUCGUAAAUUUCAGAAGAAAAAUGACCCUAAGAAUACAAUACCAAGAACACCUUUACGUCCAAUGGUAGAGGAAGAGGAGACCUGUUCACCACAAUUAGACAGACUUCAACCAGUACGUCAACAACUUCAAUUACUGUAUGAUAACAGUGAUAUCACAAAAUGUUUAUCACCAGGUAAAACUGGAGCUGUAGAGUGCUCACCUGAAUCUGAUAUAUGCUCACAACUGCAAGAAGAUUCAUUUACGAUAGCAGAUAGUGCUUCAUGUAUAGAUUUACAUGCUGAUGUUGAUUUAGAUGAUUUGCCAGAUGAUAUAUCUGUAGCAACUACCAGAAGUCAGGACCAUCGUAGUGCCUCGCUACCAUGGCAAAUACCUUCUGCAUCAUCAACUACUAGUACCAGAAGUAGAACACUUAAUUCUAGAUUAAAGGCAUAUGUACGCAAACCUUGGCAAAGAUUUCUGGCAGUGAAGAAAGUUAUUGGUCAACAAGAGAAUUGCUCACCAUUUAGAAGACGUACCAGAACUGCUUCUAAAACUGCUUAUGGAGCUCAUCUACCCCAAAGAAAGUAG